ACACCACAAAUUGAUGAUGGCUUGAAAGGAGAAGUUGCAAUGAAUUUCCGAAUUAUUGCCCAAGCCAACCGCGCUCGUCGAGGUGAAUUGAAGUUGCCUCACAGCGUUGUUGAAACACCAGUAUUCAUGCCGGUCGGUACACAAGGUACAAUGAAAGGAAUAUUGCCAGAGCAAUUAAUUGAUAUGGACUGCCGUAUUUUGUUAUGUAAUACGUAUCAUUUGGGACAUCGGCCUGGGCAUGAGCUAGUCCGUAAGGCUGGCGGACUGCAUAAAAUGAUCAAUUGGCCACGAUCAAUUCUCACUGACUCGGGUGGUUUUCAGAUGGUAUCAUUGAAUAAACUGAUGUCCAUUGAUGAAACCGGUGUGCAGUUCGUUAGUCCACAUACGAAUCAGUUAACUCAUUUAACUCCUGAACAUUGCAUUGAGAUUCAGGAGAAUCUUGGAGCUGACAUAAUAAUGCAGUUAGAUCACGUUGUUCAUGUGCUCACAGACGGUCCAGUUGUUGAAGAAGCAAUGCAACGAUCGAUUAGGUUAUCAUGGUUGGAUCGUUGUUUGGCAGCACAUAAGCGUCGUUCGGAUCAACUUCUAUUCCCGAUCGUUCAAGGUGGUCUCAAUUUGAAGUUACGUUCCGAUUGCGCUGAAGAGAUGUCGAAGCGUUGCACGAUUGGCAUCGCGAUUGGUGGUUUGAGUGGUGGAGAAGAAAAGCGAUCGUUUUGGAAGGUGGUAGCGCAUUGUUGUGAGCGAUUACCGCAACAAAUACCACGCUAUGUGAUGGGUGUUGGUUGGGCGGUGGAUUUGGUGAUAUGUGCGUUGUUAGGUGCAGAUAUGUUCGAUUGUGUUUAUCCAACAAGAACAGCGCGAUUCGGUAGUGCUUUGAGAUUAAAAUUACAGGAAGAAAUCGGUUGUCAUUUAAUAUCGUUGCAUAAUAUAAAACAUCAGCUCGAUCUGAUGAAGCGAAUUCGAGAGGCAAUUUCAAAUGAUCGUGUUCAAGAAUUCCUAAACGAAUUUUUGCAUGAGCAGUAUCCAGACGGCGAUAUUCCUGAAUGGAUCCGUAAUGCUGCCGCUUACAUGAAUUAUCAAAUUAUCAUCUAG